UUUGAUCAUAAUACAAAUUGGUUAAUUCUCUAAUUCAAUCAUAUACCACCCAACUUCACCUUUAACUCUUCAUAUUCAAAUCCUUUAUAAUAUUUACUGUUGGUUAUUUCAACAGUUGACAUUGCAUUAACACCGAUCACGAUCCUGUAUUCCCUGUUCCAUUACCCCGCGGCUUGACCGGAAUCCGCGUUACCUCAAAAAAUCACAUAGUUGAUUGAACGAUAAGGCUAGUUUAGAUUGUUAUAUAGGGCGGAAGAGAAAGAAAUGAGUUCUGAGGCCGUCGAAAAGAUGUCGCCGGCUACGCGUGAGGUAUUGGGUAAGGUGCGCCAGCUGGUGCCACCUAUGCUGGAGAAGUUUCAUAAAGGUCAAUUGGGUCGUGUGGCCGUCAUCGGCGGCAGCGAGGACUACACCGGAGCACCGUACUUCUCCGCUAUGGCGAGCGCCCGUUUGGGCUGCGAUAUGUCCCACGUAAUAUGCACACCCGCCGCAGCCGCCGUGAUCAAGACGUACAGCCCAAACCUAAUGGUUCAUCCACUAAUGCGGCAGUCUCCCUCCCCAUCAUCUUCUAACCCCAGCUCUUCCGAUCCAGAUACAGACCCAGCUCAGAUCUCAAGCCGCAUCAUCGACAUGCUACCUCGUCUCCACGCACUCGUCGUGGGUCCAGGGCUAGGCCGAGACCCGUUAAUGCACGAAACAUGCGCACGCGUCCUAGCCGCAGCACGCGAGCGGCAGAUGCCCGUAGUCCUAGACGCAGAUGCUUUAGCCAUCGUCAUAAAAACGCCGGAAUUAGUCAUGGGAUGGCGGGAAGUAGUUCUCACGCCCAAUGUAGUCGAAUUCGGGCGUUUGUGGAAAGGCAUAAAGCCCUCUUCCUCAUCCCCCGAAGCUAACAGUGGCGCCGAUUCCCCAAACCAAGUUGAAGCGCUAUCCAAGGCGCUAGGAGGUGUGACGAUUGUGCAGAAGGGCGGUACGGAUUUGAUUAGUAACGGCGGGACGACGCUGAAGGUGGAUUUACGGGGUGGAUUGAAGAGGAGCGGGGGACAGGGUGAUACGUUGACGGGCAGUAUUGCGACGUUUUUGGCUUGGAGGAAGGCGUAUCUUGAUCGUAUUUGGGAGCAUGAUGGGAAGCUAAGUGAGGAGGAGACGCUUGGGUUGGCGGCGUUUGGGGGUGCGGCUAUUACGAGGGAAUGUUCCCGCCUUGCUUUUGAAAAGAAAGGCAGGAGUUUACAAGCCAGCGACCUGACGGAUGAAGUCCAUACCGCAUUUCUGACCGUCAUUGGCGAGUCGGAAAAUCAAGGAAAGGGUUAUAGUCUUAAGUCAGGGACACAGUCAAGACUAUAGAUGAGAGGUAAAUCUUGUUUGCCUCAUACUACUGCAUUCUACUCUUAGGUGCCUUAGUCCGCACAUUAGGGCCCCCGACUCGCUAGUCUUACGAGAGCUGAUCAAAAGAAAUAUUAUUAAAUGUGUAAUUAUAUGCAGAUCUCUCGGCCGAGAUAACGGUAUAACAACCCUUCCACAUAAAUCGAUAGCCUUUUGCUUUGUAGAUCGACAAAAGGUCGUGUACCUGCCUGAGGAUGCCGGAGAAUGUCGUGCAAUGUUGCGUGCACUAGGACCUUCCCGUAAAUACUGAAAUUUUUACAGCGAUGCGACUACGGGUAUGAGGUCAAGUGGGAACCAGAGCCACCGUGUGCAUAUUAUGCAUGCGUGUAAUGGCGACACACAUCAUCUCAUCAAAGCACAACCUUACAAGGAGCAUGCCAUAAUACCUAGGUAGUUCGGGCUUCAUGACCUCCCGCAAAGGGUCCGUGUCCCUAGGUAGGUACACUAUUCGUGGAGGUUGAUUGAGGGGGUCGAGUCGAGUUAGGUAAUACAAACUGCGGUAAUCAUGGAUUGUGACAGCUUCGAUUCCCAGGGAUUGGCCGAUUCUCGCACGUUCCUGAUGUUGUGAAUGUAAAAACCCUACUCGGAGAAAUUUUCAUACGCAUAUGUCCCUCAAAGCACAAUCACAGGGGGUGAUGGAUUAUGUGAUAGAAGGGUGGAAGGGGAAGAUCAGUAUCAUGUAAGGUCUGGAUAAAACCCAGUGUCC